AUGGCACGUACAAGGAGAUUCGCUGCAAGAAAAGCUUCAACAAGCUCUACAACGCCUACCCACGAAACACAAAAUGUACAUCCCACUGAGAGCCUAGAAAAUGUUAUUCAAGGGGUGGAACAACAGCCCCAUGAAAUGGAAGGCCAACAAGCUCAAGUUUCAGGUGAUUCCCAACAACAAAAUGAAAGGCCACCUUCCUACAAGGCCAAGAGGGUUUGCAACAAAUAUUGGCUGGUUGAUGUCAUAGAUGAUCAAGGAAGGACAACCGAGGAAAAAUUGCGCGUCAGGGAUGUUUUGGUACUUGCUGAACACAAGAAAGUGGUGGUGCUAUGGAGUGAAGAGAAUCAGCCUGUUGCUGAUGGCGGCUCACUAUUGAAUGGUUUUUUAGGACAUCUUGCAUGUAACACUAAUGUAUUUCCAAUAUAUUUUGAUAGGUGGCCUAGUGUACUUCCCUCGUAUAAGACUACUGCUUGGGAGACCAUUCAGAAAAAGUUUCAGCUCCAUCAUGAUGACCACUAUGAAUAUUGUAUGGCAAAUAUGGGAAAGAAAUGGAAGGACAAUAGGUGGAGGUUAUGCUCCUAUUAUUAUAACAAAAAUGCAAGUUUUGAUCAAAACUUGGAAAACUAUCCUGAAGGACCAAUUAUUAGCAGAGAUGGAGGAAACAUCUUCUGA